AAUAAGGGAUAUAAUCUGAUUAGAAGGGUGAAUCUCACAAAACUUGUCAAAAACUCGCCCAGCUGGCCAUAAAACCCCUAAAACCAAAAUGAAUUGAAAUAAUUAAAAAACAAAACAAAACACUGUCUUACAGUAAUGAGAAAUAUAACUUAGUAAAAUGGUAAUUAAAAUGUCUGGAUGCAUUAUAGUCAUGUUUUGUAUACAAAAUAUCGCCAUGUUGAAAUAACCUGACCCGCUGUGUUUCACUAAACGUCGGAGAGAAUCUCGCGCUCAUGGAAGGUACGCUAGUAGCGUUGUUUAGUGAUUCGAAGAGUGCAAAUUACACAAUGAAACACACAUCGUCCUUUACCAGCAGAGACAACAGGAGAAUUAGUAGGCUACACCUGUAUGGCCGAACAGAAAAGGACUGAAGCCAGAAGAAAGAAAGAAAGAAAGAAAGAAAGAAAAGUGUAAACAUUGGUACAGCAAACACAAAGUGAAAACGCCUAAUGAUGGAGAAAAUCCUGAUGAUAAGUUUCUUUCAUUUUUGUUGGACAGGUAAGGGAAUUAACUCUUUCCCCACCAGCAUUUUUUUUUUUAUUUUUUAAAGUUGCCAGCCACCGCUAGCAUUUUUAAUAAUUUUUCACAAAAAAAAAAUCGUAGGCUAGGCUAUAUCAAUUUAUUCUAGCUUCAUGCAUUCUUUUCUUUUUUUUUAAUCAACACUUGAAUUUGGUACGUUUCGUUAAAAAACAUUUUGAACAAAAAAAAAAAAAAAAAAAUCGUGUUUUUGCCAAAGACUACAUGUGUCUUGCAUAAGCAAUGCUUUUAUAGUUUUUGCUCUUUUUUGACUGUUUUGAUCCGGAGAUUCUCUACUCUUUCAGAUGCUGCGUAAUAGCGCCCCCUACAGUGAAAACACGGAAAGCCGGAAAAUUCCGGGGAAGCGUUGUCUCAUAAAUGACACGUCAAUGGCGGGGAAAGAGUUAAAGCUACAAUAUGUAGUUUUUUCGCCGCUAGAGGUCGCCUGUUCAAAACAAAGGCGUAGCUUGAUGACGCAGAGUUUGAGCGCGGAAUCUUGGGACACGUUGUCUUCACCUCACAGCCAGUGGAAAAGAAUUGGGACAGGACUCAAGCAGAAAUCAUGUUCAUGGAUGAGAUUAUUAACAUUACUGUAGUGUGAGGCAGAGCAUGGCUGAGUGCUGUGUGAGCUGGACGAGGCCGCUGGAGUGAUUGUUAAUGAGAGACGAACGCGACACACGCCUCGCGAGCAGCGGAACUUUUAUUAUAUGCCGCAGUCGCCGGUGUCGCUUUUUCCGGUCAAGUGUAUGAGAACUCACGCGCUCCGGCUCAAAGGAGUUUAUGGAUGAAAAGAGGAGGGCUGUCAGCAGGACACAGGUCUGUACAUGCUGCAAAGAACGACUAGAGUUCAGCGUUAAGAGAAAGGUAUGGGGCCACGAAAAGUUUUGGUGACAGGAUGCUCCUCAGGAAUUGGUUUGGCGGUGGCUGUCCGUCUUGCAAAAGAUGAUUUAAGGCGCUUCAAAGUUGUGGCCACCAUGAGGGACCUGGAUAGGAGAGAAGCUCUGGAGAGAGCAGCCGGGGCGACUCUUAACCGAACCCUGGAGAUCCGACAGCUGGAUGCCACCUGUGAGGACUCCAUCAGAGAGUGUGUCAACAGCUUGUCAGAUCGACGAGUGGAUGUGUUAGUGAAUAAUGCUGGUGUAGGCAUGAUUGGUCCUCUGGAGUGUCAGAGUGUAAGUGCUAUGCAGGAACUCUUCAACACUAACUUCUUUGGCCUGGUGAGACUGGUGAAGGAAUUGCUGCCUGACAUGAAGCGACGUCAGAGUGGACAUAUCGUAGUGAUGAGCAGCGUCCUGGGCAUCCAAGGACUACUUUUCAAUGAUCUAUAUGCUGCCUCCAAAUUUGCUGUAGAAGGUUUUUGUGAGAGUCUUGCUGUGCAAGCUAUGAAGUUCAAUGUCAAGAUGACUUUAGUGGAGCCGGGCCCAGUUGUAACUGAGUUUGAGAACAAAGGGUAUGAGGAGGCAGAGAAGAUGGACCUGUCAGAGGCUGAUGAGGAGACAGCUCAAAUCUUCCGUCAGAUCUACCUGCCGUAUUCACGCAAAAUUUUUCACUCAAUCGGGCAGACACCUGAGGAGGUGGCAGAGCAAACGUUCAAGCUGAUUGUGUCCAAGAACCCUCCAUUUCGUCAUCAGACCAACCGUUUGUACAUGCCACUGACUGCCAUGAAGAAAGCUGACCCCACAGGGCGACUACCCAUAGACGCAUUCUAUAAAAUGAUCUUCCAGCAUGACCGUGUGUUCAACGCUAGUCUGAGUAUUAUGCGCAUCCUACACAGGAGAAUGGGUCAAGGUGCUGCCUAAAAAAACCCUCGGAGCCUGAGGAGAGAGAAUUCCGAUC